UYAUAAAGAGCCGUGCUAUUCUACGUAAUUUGAUUAAGAGAGCAGUGUAGGGUUCGCUCAUUUGCUUAUACUCUGUGCAGUUGUCGCAGAAGUCUACACCUGGCUUUGCUAAACAUGGCUACGAAUCGUACCUAUGCUUGUGGAAGAGGAUUACUGAAGCUGCUACUAGUGAUCACCUCUUGCGUUGCUUUCGUCUGCAUGAUCGUCGCUGACGACAAGACUACAUUCAAAUCCGAYGAAUACAAAAGACGAUACUCGUUCUUCCURUUCGCACACAUCGCCGGUGCUGCCUCAUCUCUGGUCAUUUAUCUUGUCUUCCUCUGUAACGUGGACGGUUCGAUCGGGUCCAGAAAAUGCUGGAGUUUCCUGGUUUUYCUGAUUUCAUUGGCAGCGGCUGUGGUGUAUAUUGUAGCUUCUGCAUUGCUCACCGAGAGAGCCAAGGACGAGUUUGAGAGUGGUUUGUACAAGUUACUUGAAUCUUGGAAGACUAUGGCUGACUUGCGUGUAACCGCCGUGGUGACAAAAGAAGCGAGGUGA